CGCCUCGUUUACGGUUAGCACCCUGAGGCAACAGCUCUCGCCCUUUACAUUUGGACUGCCCACGUAGCAGCUGACUACCUUGGCUCGUUGGCUUGGUGCCGGAUUUGUAGAGGCGAAAAGCAAACGUUGGUUCUCAUGACGACCAGCGAGGAUGCGGCAACUCCGAGAAAGAGUCCCUCACCCGCUACCUCCACCAGGAGCCAAUGUGUGUGCGUUGCAACACCGUCACCCACCGUACAGAUCGCAACUUCUCGUCGGACUCGUCAUCCGAGAACGCUAGCCGCCACGGCCCUUACUGUUGCGGCCAUUUCCUGGAGCACGGCACCCCGUAGCGGCGCCCUCGCCUUUGCGGUUACCCCCGACCGCGAACGAGUCUCUCUCGCGUCGUCUUUGCAGCCAGAAAACGACAACAACAACAACAUAAACCACCAACCAGCUACCGUCGAAACAAAGUUUAACAAAAAGAGACGACGGACCAAACAUGUUGUUGCUCUGGAUGCAACCUUGCCUCCCACUCCGUACGCGCCGCCCAAGACAUCGAGAGUCACACCGAACAAGCAUCCGAGUCCCGAAACCUCCAACUCGAGGAAACGUCGUCUCACGGGUGUAGCCGCAACUGGCGUUCCCCGUACAUCAUCCUUUCCACCCUUGACGGCCGAUCAAUUUCCUCAUUGGCAAGAAGAGUUUUCACGCAAAGGCCGCCAACCAGUUUUACCCCAUACCCUCAUUCUAGGAACACAUCCAUCUGUCACCAGUUUACAGCAAGAACAAUAUUAUGGACACGCUGUCAAAGCCUACCCUCUCUCGCAUGGAUCGAACAAUCUCUUCUUUUCUCUCACACUCCUUCUUGUACUUUUAUCUUUUGGCGGGCUUUUUUCCGUGGGAUCGACAAAACAUUCUUCUGUCCACAAAAGUGCCUUUUGGUGGAUUGCCGGGGAUUGUCUCGGCUUUCGAAGGGCAUCGGGGGUAUCCCCAACUUCCGAACAACCAUACGCCUUGGCUCAGCACCUCCGCUACGACCAAUCCUAUAUAUUGGAAUAUAAAGCCCAGUUGGAGCGGUUCGUCUCCCGAGGAUUUGUCUUGUGGGAUGUUAUCGGCUCUUGUCAACGCAAAGGGUCGUUGGACCAAGAUAUACAGCAAGAGAUUCCCAAUGAUCUGCAAGCCUUUUGCGCGCAGUAUCCUUCCAUUCGACGGAUCGUCCUGGCCAAUGGCGGCACCACGGCCACACUUUUUCGUCGGCAUUUCCAUUCGUGGUUGACAUCGGGGCAACUGCAACCGCUGGCUGAUCAUCCGCCUUCUCAAAAGGCGUUUCCUCGAGUCAAACAGAACAACAGUGAAGGAACAAUGACGACUCCCGCAAGCGACUUGCCUACCAUUACGCUGAUUGCCGCCAUCAGCGUCAGCCCUGCCGCUGCCAAGUAUUCCUACGUCGAAAAGAGGGACUUUUGGGAAACCCAUGUAUACGCGCCGGGUUUGCGCGAUUUCGAAACAAUGCGAUCAUCGAUAGAGGAAGUGAAACAAAAGGAAGACUCUUGA